AUGGCUACAGCGGGCCGAGGACGCAAAGGGGUUCUAACGCAAGCGCAGCGCCGCGAACGGCGACGCGAACGCAACCGCGCCUACUACCUCAAGACACGCGGCCUUGUGAAGCAUGAGAACGCACAUGAGACAGUCGGGUCCAGCGCUCCUAUCGGCGCUGACAGCGACACCGUGGCCCAACCUCACGCUCUUAGCAGCGUCGUGUCCGAGCCGAGCUCUCCCGUUCCAAGCAUGCCCAAGACACCGAUGGAAAUCAAGCAGUCUUGGAUCGACGCGUUCGAGUUGGCUAAUCAAACGGUGCAGCUCCAGCACACAUGA